AUGGAAAAAGAAAAGCGCGUAAAAUUGGAGGAACGUAGUGGAGAGCUUAGCCCUAUUAAAACUCCUAAUGAUAGAAAUUCAGGCGAGGAUUGUUCAAAGAAACGGCAUUACGCUGCUUCUACGUCGACGAAUCUCACCUUUUCAGAUAAGAAAUUCGGAUAUGGACCACCAUUUCUUUUCUCGCUUCCUGAACCCGUUAAAAGUCCUUGGAAACGUUUAAAUUCCCCUAAUUUUGGGAAGUUGGGCGCACGAAUGAUAUCCGGGAAUGCCUUAAAAAGAAGAGAGGAUAAAAGAAAGCAUACCCAACCUUUUUCUAAUGAAAAUAUGCAAUUCACAUUUCACAAGGAAGUUACAGAUGAUGCCAAAAAUAGCAAUGAUAAGAAGUUAGAAGUUCGUUCGGGACACGAUUUUUUCCGCCAUAUAAAUAUAGUUCUUGAUAUGACACCAAAAAUUUUCAUUGUCGCACUCUUAUAUUAUAUAUUGCAAUUUUCUUGGACUAUUCAACAAGCGAUACAAAUUAAAAUGGACGAAUAUUCACAAGAAAUACAAAGAAUAAUAACUGAAUGUUCAAAAAGUUAUCUUGAAAAUCGAUGUACACCAGGAGAUCGAGUACCAGCAUUGGAAGGUCCUUGUACUCAAUGGGAGAAAUAUCCUUGA